CUCGAACCUUUCAAUAUCCUCGUCUCUCUUUCUCAGUCUCUUUCUCUCCAUCUCAUAGCCAUGGCAUUUAGGGCUCCUAACCCUAGCAUUCUCUCUCUUAUCCUUCUCUCUCUCCUCGCGAUCGCCUCCGCAAAAGUUUACUUCGAAGAACGCUUCGACGAUGGAUGGGAAAGUCGGUGGGUUAAAUCUGAUUGGAAGAAAGAUGAAAAUGUGGCUGGGGAAUGGAACUACACUGCGGGUAAAUGGCAUGGAGACCCUAAUGACAAAGGUAUCCAGACUAGCGAAGACUACCGGUUUUAUGCUAUUUCUGCUGAGUUCCCUGAAUUCAGCAACAAGGAUACGACCCUAGUCUUCCAGUUUUCUGUGAAGCAUGAACAGAAGCUUGACUGUGGUGGUGGUUACAUGAAAUUGCUUAGUGGUGGAAUUGAUCAGAAGAAAUUUGGUGGGGAUACUCCUUACAGCAUCAUGUUUGGGCCAGAUAUCUGUGGCUACAGCACCAAGAAAGUCCAUGCUAUCCUCCACUAUAACGAGACAAAUCACUUGAUCAAGAAGGAUGUCCCGUGUGAGACUGACCAACUCAGUCAUGUUUAUACUUUUAUUCUCAAGCCAGAUGCCACCUACAGCAUUUUAAUUGACAAUGUGGAAAAGCAAUCUGGGAGUCUCUACAGCGACUGGAGUAUCCUCCCGCCAAAGAAAAUCAAGGAUCCUGAGGCCAAGAAACCAGAAGAUUGGGAUGACAAAGAGUAUAUUCCUGAUCCUGAGGACAAGAAGCCAGAGGGCUAUGAUGACAUCCCAAAAGAAAUUCCUGACUCUGAUGCUAAAAAGCCGGAAGACUGGGAUGAUGAAGAGGAUGGUGAAUGGACACCCCCAACUAUUGCAAACCCUGAAUACAAGGGCCCAUGGAACCCAAAGAAAAUUAAGAACCCCAACUACCAGGGGAAGUGGAAGGCACCAAUGAUCGACAACCCAGAGUUCAAGGAUGAUCCAUAUCUCUAUGUCUACCCUAGUUUGAAGUAUGUUGGCAUUGAACUGUGGCAGGUGAAAUCCGGAACCUUGUUUGACAAUGUUUUGAUUACUGAUGAUCCGGAAUAUGCCAAGCAGCUGGCAGAAGAAACAUGGGGCAAGCACAAGGAUUCUGAGAAAGCGGCAUUUGAUGAGGCAGAGAAAAAGAAAGAGGAAGAGGAAGCAAAGGAUGAUCCUAUUGAUUCUGAUGCCGAGGAUGAGGAUGAUGAUGCAGGAGAAGAUUCUGAUGCCGAAGGCAAACUUGACGAAAGCACAGACGGUGCUGAAACCGAGGAAGAGGAGAAACAUGAUGAACUGUAAGGGAGAAAACUAGUGAUACUAGAGAUAAGCCUGGGCAUGAAGUGGUCCAAGAUUUUUUCCUCUUUCUUUUUUGAAAAAAAAAAAUUUAAUUUUAAUUUUAAUUUUUGUAGUAGGGGUUUUUAUUAGGAACGGUGGAAAGUAUAAUGCAAAAAACUGAGUGGCUUAAUUGCUUUAAUGUCGUUUCUAACUAUUUGAGCAUCCACCGAAGAGGAUAUUGUCUAUUUUGUAUCAUCACAAUUUCGAUGUAGUUUGGACAUUUGAGGCUGCAUUCGAAGGCAAAAAAUGUCCUGGAUUUUU